AUGGGCACUAGACCUCUAGCAGCUUUGGCUGUUCUUCUCCUAGCAAUCACUCCUGUUCUCUCUCGGCCGCCUGGGGGAGGCCCCGGCGGACCUGGCGGACCUGGCGGUCCCGGCGGACCCGGCGGGCCUGGCGGAUUCGGCGGGCCUGGCGGAUUCGGCGGACCCGGCGGACAGGGCGGAGGAGGUCCGCCUAAUUUCGGUCCUCCUGGUGGCGGCGCCGGCGGACAAGGGGGCCCAGGGGUGCGGGGGGGCCCAGGCGGACAGGGGGGCCCAGGCGGACAGGGGGCCCCAGGCGGACAGGGGGGCCCAGGCGGAGAGGGGGGCCCAGGCGGACCGUUUGGCGGCCCGCCCAUGGGGCCUCCGCCGGUGUUCGGCCCGUUAAACUUGACGGCUGUGGGCAAUCUGACCGCCGCGGGUGGCGCUCGUCUCGCCAACUGCUCCACUGCAUUCCCCACGGAGCGUGCGGAUUUCCGAUUCGGCAUCUUCAAGAACGACAGUGGCAACUACAACAUUUUAUUCCAGGCCAUGCUGGUGGACGCCACUGGAGGCCCGCCCGACUCCCUCGCAAUCACCCAGGGCGCUGCGUGCGACGCUGCGGCCACUUCUUUCCUCUCCCUUCCCGUCGCUGGCACCGACUGGAUCGUCCACUCUGGCUGGUGGCUGCUGCACUCCGAAAUGCGCCUCGACGGAUUUAUGGAAAACGCGGAUUCUGCUACGGUGACAACCCUGCUCGCCGCGAUUCCCAGCAUUCUGGAUAGUGGAGUUACUUCCACCGGUGGAGCUUCCGGGAACCGGCGCAAGGGCAUGGAGAGUGGCGGCGUUCAGGGGAGGAUGCUGUUUGAUUUGUUCAAGUCCCUUGGGAAGGCCGCGGGGGCGAAGAAGAACCCUGGUGGCAAGAAUGGUGCUGGUAAGGGCGCUGGCAAGGGCUCUGGCAACAUGGGUGAGCCGCUUACUGUGACAGGGUUUGCUGUGCUGGCUGCAAGCUCCUCCUCUGGUGCCACGUGGGGUGCCGAGCUCAAGGGUGUGCUGGCGCCAGAUAGUCUCCCGCCCCCUCCCCCUUAA